GUGAACGUCCCUUUGGUGAAUGUCGCCCGAGUUGGUUUCCGGGCCUCGGUGGAAAGGCUUCUGGAGGCCCGCGCUGAUCCAAAUCAGAAGGACGGUCGCAACAACACGGGUUUGUGCAGCGCGCUGCAAAGCUCGGGUUCUAGUGUGAAGUUCGUCGUCCAGUCUUUGCUCUUUGCCUCGGCAGAUGCGAACGAGCGUGAUGGGCGGGGCAACAGCCCGCUGCGGUAUGCCGUGCGCUGUGGCAGCAAGGACCUCAUCAUGGAUCUGGCUCGCGCCAAAGCCCGCGUCACAGACACGCCUUCCGAGACUGGUGGCUCCUUGAUCCUCGAUGCCUUGUCCCUGGGCGGUUCAAUGACACAGGUGCUCACCACGCUUCUUGAUCUCCGCGCCCUGCCGGACCAGGGCACCGAUGGCAAAGGGCGGCCGGCCUUGUUGGUGGCUGUGGACGGGCGGAUGACCUUUGCCACGAACGCCCUGCUUUCGGCGAAGGCCUCGGCGACGGCCGUGGACCGCAAGGGCCGUUCCGCCCUAAGCUCAGCCAUCGAGAUGUCCGCAUGGAAGGUCGCAGAUCAGCUGCUGCGAGCCGGCGCCAAUCCCCACAAAGGUCUGGACAAGAAGGGUCAUGGGCCUCUGUUGGCAGCCACCUUGGCCGGAGUACCUGCACUCGUGCGCCACCUGCUCCAGGCUAAGGCCAGCACGGCCUCUGCAGGCCAGGAUGACAAGGGUCGCAAUGUGCUAAGCAUCGCCGUUCUGGACAACAACAAGGAGGUCGUCGAUGAGCUGCUCACUGCUAAGGCUGAUCCCAGCCACCAGGACAAGGAUGGCCGAAACGCUCUGCAUCACUGCAUUCAACCUUUCCCUUAUGCCUCCUAUGAAUGCACGCGCCUGCUCGCCGCGAUGCUUCGCGCGCCGGGUGGCAUGCAGGCAGCCCAGGCCAAAGACAAGAAAGGCUUGACGCCAAUGGCCCUGGCUUCACGCCAGGGAUCUGGUCGCAUGGCCCAGGUCUUGUCUGCCGCCGGCUUGCAGGUGACCGUGUCUGCGCCGAAGUUGGCAGCACCCACCACGGCGAUGCCGGACGUCGAUGCGGACGCCAGGAGGGAGUUGGAGAAGGUGGAGGCCCAUGCGAAGCCAACUCCCAUUCCUGUGCACAAAGCCUAUUCCAUGAGUGGCGAGAACAAGGUCUUUGCAGAGAAGCAAGGGCUGGAGUGCGACGCACUGCUAUUCAAGGUGGAUUUGAAGCGAGAUGAGAUGCGCUUCUACCACCUGCAGUUGAUCCACGAGACGAACAAAGACCUCUUCGUCCUCUUUACGCGCUGGGGUGAGAUUGGCGAGACAGGUGCAUUCCAGAGAACACCGGCCGCGAACAAGGAGGAGGGACUCAAGGAUUUUGGCAAGGUCUUCAAGGAGAAGACUGGCAACGUUUGGGACCCCACGGGCGAGUCCUUCGAGAAGAAGCCCGGCAAGUAUCAGCUCCUGCGCCGUCGCCGAGCAACGGCUCGCUCCGAGGAGAUUGUCCAGCCUUUCGACUUCGAGAAGAGCGCCAGGAGCCAGCUUCCGCGCAUGGUCUGGCGCACCCUGGAUGCCAUCUGCGAUCCGCAGCACAUCAUGCAGGCCGUCCGGUCCAUGGGAAUCAAGACGCAGUCAAUGCCCUUCGGCAGCCUUUCGCGCGCAACUUUGGACCAAGCGCGGUCUCUGCUUGGUGAGAUCCGCGAAGCGAUCGCGGAGUUGAAAGCCACGGGCCGCGCAGGCGGACACUGGAAGCCAAAGGGCUUCGGCUUCGCCAAAGCCGAGGAAGUGCUCGAAGCUUCGAAGAAGCGCAACGAGGUGCGCGAGCGAAUCCUCGAGCUUUCCUCGCGCUACUACGAGCUCAUCCCGCGGGGGGCAGGCACAGUUGAGGUGGCGCGCCCCAUUGAGAGUGACGAUGCCUUGUCCAAGGAGUUUGAGCAGCUCUUGAACCUCACGGAAGCCAGCGUCGGCAUUCAGACGCUCCUUGCGGCGCAGCACCAUGCAAAGGAGAUGAACCCCAUGGACUACUGCCAGCGUGCGAUCGGGGUGGCUUUCGAGCAGGUGAAGACGGACACUGAUGAGUUCAAGCUGCUGAUGGACUACAUGUGCAGCACAAGUGCUGGCUCGCCACCGACCGUCGCCAAGCCAGGGGACAUCGUCGAGGAGUUCGGAAAGAAGCGGCCCAACAGCUACAAAGGCCACCGCCAUGGCGAUGUCGUCACGGCCAUCUACCGGAUUUCGCGCCAAGGCGAGGAGGAGCGAUUCAAAGACUUGGGAAAUCGCCGGCUGAUGUGGCAUGGAUCCCGCAGAUCCAACUUCGUCGGCAUUUUGACGCAGGGGCUCCGCGUGGCGCCUCCGGAAGCUCCAGCCUGUGGUUACAUGUUCG